GAACCACCUUUUUAUUCUACGACACGCAGCUUUGGUCAGGCAGCCUCUAAUAAUUUCAUUAAACGUUACGCCUCGGUUGUCUCAUCUCCCUGCCACCGCCCGACAUGAAAAUCACCCAAAAAAUUCGUCAAUCCGACAAGGAAAAUAAGAUUUGGUGGUCCUUCGAGUACUUUCCGCCUCGCACUGCUCAGGGCCUCCAGAAUCUGCUCGAUCGUAUAGAGCGCAUGCGCGCAUUGGGCCCAGAGUUCAUUGAUAUCACCUGGAAUGCAGGCGGACGGACUUCCGAUCUUACGGCCGAGAUGGUGAAGACGUGUCAGAGCCUCGUUGGGAUCGAGACGUGCAUGCAUCUUACUUGCACAAACAUGCCGGCGGCCAAGGUGGACAUCGCGUUGAGGGAAGCAAAAAUUUCGGGCUGCCGGAAUGUUCUUGCGCUACGAGGGGAUCCUCCGGCAGGGAAAGAGGCCUGGGAGGCAGUCGAGGGGGGUUUCGUACACGGUGUCGACCUCGUAAAUCAUAUCCGCAAGGACUAUGGUGACUACUUCGAUAUCGCUGUCGCCGGAUUCCCUCAACAUCAGCUCCUUCCACCCGACGAGUUCCAGCAGGAGUUACAGUGGCUGAAGCAGAAGAUCGAGGCCGGCGUUGACUUCAUCUUCACCCAAAUGUUCUACGAUGUCGACAUCUUCAUUGCCUGGGUCAAGGCUGUCCGUGCGGCCGGCAUCACUAUUCCCAUCGUCCCCGGCAUCGCGCCGAUUCAGACGUGGAACGGGUUUAUGCGCGCAACGAGUCUCGCGGAAAUCAAGAUCCCCCAGCACUUUAUGGACGCAUUGGAACCUCACAAAAACGACGACGAGACCGUGAGGGCGAUUGGUACGAAGCUUGUAGCGGAGAUGUGUCGCAAGAUCCUUGACGCCGAUCUCGGAAUCCACGGACUACACUUCUACACCAUGAACCUCGAAAAGGGCACAAAGAUGCUCCUCGAGGAGCUGAACCUCGUUCCUCGCGUGGAGACGAUCAAACCUUUGCCUUGGCGGCAGUCGCUCACACCGAACAGGCGGACAGAGACCAUCCGUCCCAUCUUCUGGGCCAAUAGGACAAAGUCCUACAUCUCACGGACGGAGAACUGGGACGAGUACCCGAACGGACGUUUCGGUGACUCUCGCAGUCCGGCAUACGGUGAUCUCGAUGGUUACGGCGUUUGGCUCAAACAAUCAAAAGAGGACGCACUCAAACUCUGGGGAGAGCCUACUGAGUUCGCUCAGAUCACUGAUCUAUUUGCCCGGUUUUGUACGAAGAGCUUGAAAGCCCUUCCAUGGUCGGACCAGGCUCCUGCCGGAGAAACCUCCAUCAUCUCUGAACAACUGGCCCGCAUGAACCGUUACGGCUUCCUCACGAUCAACUCUCAGCCUGCUGUCAAUGGGGCCAGCAGUGAUCACGCUGUAUUUGGAUGGGGACCUAGGAACGGCUAUGUCUACCAGAAGGCAUAUCUAGAGUUUUUCGUUAGCGCUCCUCUCCUUGCUCUACUGCUUGCGCACAUCGAACGGGACAGCAACAUCACGUACUACGUGAUCAACAAACGCGGCGACCUGCGCACGAACACCCAUUCUGACGGACCUAAUGCUGUCACAUGGGGUGUUUUCCCGGGGAAGGAGAUCGUGCAGCCCACUAUUGUCGAGGCAGUGAGCUUCAUGGCUUGGAAGGACGAAGCAUAUGAGCUCGGGCAGCAGUGGGCCAAUGUUUAUGAGCCCGAGUCCGCUUCCAGAAAGUUGAUUACUGAGCUGAUGGACGAUUGUUUCCUGGUCAAUGUGGUGCACAACGACUUCCACGCUCCAGAGGCCAUUUUCCAGCCGUUCUUCCAAGCCGGAGAGGAAUACCUCGCGCAAACGCCCUGAUCUUCUCCCCAUUGCAUUGUUGUAUAUCUAGAUCUCAUCUCGGGUUCAACCCCCGUACUGUAUUUGCUACAUUCCUUCUCCCCAUCAUCACUCACUCAUACUGCAUCAACUGCGCAUCCUGCAUCAACUGCACAUCUCAUAGCUGUACACAGGCUGUAGACAGUACUUUCAUCAAGUCGUCUCAUGCAUCGAGUACCGGAGCAAGCCGGCUGACCGGCCAAUCUCGG